UAAAUAAGGAAAUGACGUCGUUGGAGAAACAUUCGGCAGCGGUCUCUAGCCAGAUAUACGUUAAGCGGUUAAAAAAGGUACAGUGCUUCGCAGCUGGUCGGUGUCAUGAUUGGGAGGCUGUAGGGACUGGGAAGGAACAGUAGCUAACCAACUCUGUGAGACAGGAUGGUGGACACGGUGGAGGACAAGACUACCUUCUACUCCAAAGCGGAGCGCUACUGGCAGGAAGUCCCGCCCACGGUGGACGGAAUGCUGGGGGGCUACGGCAGCAUCUCCAGCGUCGACAUCAACGGGUCCAGGAAGUUCCUGCAGAAGUUCCUGGGGGAGGGCAAGGGGAAGACGGGCACGGGGUGCGCCCUGGACUGCGGGGCGGGGAUCGGACGCAUCACCAAGCGCCUGCUGCUGCCGCUCUUCCGCACCGUGGACCUGGUGGACGUCACCCAGGAGUUCCUGGACAAGGCCAAGUCCUACCUGGGCGAGGAGGCCCAGCGGGUGGAGAACUACUUCUGCUGCGGCCUGCAGGACUUCAAGCCCGAGCCCGGCCGCUAUGACGUCAUCUGGAUCCAGUGGGUCAUCGGUCACCUGACGGACGAUCACCUGGUGGAGUUCCUGCGGCGUUGCCGCGGCGGCCUGCGGCAGGACGGGCUGAUCGUGGUGAAGGACAACGUGGCGUACGAGGGCGUGAUCCUGGACGAGGUGGACAGCAGCGUGUGCCGCGACCUGCCGCUGGUGCGGACGCUGGCCCAGCGGGCGGGCCUGCAGAUCGUCUGCGAGGAGCGCCAGGAGAAUUUUCCGGAAGAAAUCUACCAGGUCCACACCCUGGCCCUCAGAUAGGAUGGACGGACGGACAAACUUUUUCACAGCACUGUCUGAGAGCCCUACCAUCUCUGUGUGUGAGUGAGUGAGUGAGUGAGUGAGUGAGUGAGUGAGUGAGUGAGUGAGUGAGUGAGUGAGUGAGUGAGUGAGUGAGUGCGUGCGCGCCUGCGUGCGUGUGUGUGUGUGAGGGCCUGCAAACAAGUGUGUUCUGUGUGUGCGCUGUUUGCAUGUUAAGCGGUGUCCACUGAUGUUGGUCAGCAGUUGUGUGUGCAUCAGUCUGCGUUUAGUCCUGCGUGCGUUCAGUGCCCAGCUAUGUGUGUGUGUGUGUGUGAGUGUGUGAGGAAGGGGCGGGGUCUGCGGUUCAUCUACACGUGUACGCAGGGGUCGCUCACACAGAACCUACCUCUCCGGAGUUCCCAGGUGCACGAGCGUACGGAAACUCCAGUGCCGCCGUGGUUACGCACGCUCAGGUUCCGAACAAGGGACAGAGCGAUCCGCCACACGAGAGGGAGGAAACGCACAGUACUGUACUCUGCAUGUGUGGAUAAUGCAGAGCCGCCAAACCAGCCUUUUAACUCCUGUUCACACCGGACAAGAGAGCACAGAGGUCUGCAGCAUUCAGAAAGUGGUUUCAGUGGAUUAGGAAUUCUAACAACUUUUUAUCAUUAUCAAUAUUUUUUUGGGCGGCGUGAACGGGAGGUUCGAGAGACAUAAGUUAUCAGGGGAUGUGUCUGAAAUUCAGAAAGGUUUACGGUCAUGUGUGCUUGUUGAUUUGCUCAGUCUGGCAUUGAAUGUACCAUGUAGUGAAUCUGUACAUAAAGCUGCACAGAAGUCAUCAAGUCA